AUGUGGCCUCCUGUGGGGUCCCCAGAAGGGGGAGCCGAGGGAGUGCCAGAGAACCCUCCAGUUUCUAUAUUCUCUCAUAGAAUAACCCCAAGCGAAAUAUUGGCCAUAUGGCAUCUUCAGAUUUCAAAGAACUACUCAAAUAAUCCGGCCCCGUGCAGUUUGCCGGUUACAGAUCAGCAGCAACAGGUUGAGGCCGCUGAUGAGGGCUCACCCAAAGCUCCUCUCAAACCCCCUGCAUCCCAGACGGGGGGACGCCAUUCGGGGCAAGAGAAGAAAAAAAAGAAACCUGAAAAGGAACAAAGACCCUCGAGUGGCCUUCCAAAGAAGCACGCGUCCACCACAGGGCGCCACAGUCACCCAGCAGGAGGAAUCACUGUAGAGAACAACAUCUCUUUUGACUCGCGAGAGGGAAGCGCGGGAGCAACGAGCUUCCCAUUACCUGAGGGAGGAGACCCCGAUCAGGCUGUUAGAUCAGCAUUGGGUCAUGAAAUAGGGGUAUUAGGGGCAGAUGCAGUGGUGUCUCUAGUGCUGCGCACUUCGGCAUUCUGCAGAGAGCAUCUUAUUAGGCCUGACGUAACUGCCUGCCUUAUAAACUUCCUGGGGGUCCAGCUGCAGUGGCUUCGCUGCCAAGGGCUUCCUUCAUGUUUGCCCAUUGGUGCUGGGUUGUCCGAUAAGCUAGAGGAUGAGAAAAGAAAAAAAGGAGGUUUGUGGCCUAGGAGCCACAAGGAAACAGAAAACACUCCUUUUGCUGUAUCGAGGUGUAGCAUAGAACAGCAGCAGCAGACAAGCGAUAUGCUGAUGAUUGGCUCUGUACCGGACUGGCUUGAACCGUCCCUCGCUGGUUCAGCUUCUCCCGUUGAGGCAGCACUGCUGCAACGCUUUCUGCAGGAUACACUGAUAGAUUGCGCUCAGUUCUACUGCGCUGUGCUGCGACGCGGGCACUUUUCUCCUGGGGCCCCGCAGACCGAGGAGGCAGCGGUCGUGACCUCAGAUUAA